AUGGUACCGGUCCAGUCUCGUCAACCGUCAGCUCCCAAUUCUCUACGCAUGAUUCGCCGGGGUGGCACCGCUGCUCCUUUGUUCCCCGAGCCCAUCCACAAGUUUACAAUCCCAGGUAACACUCGAGCUGAAGCAGAAGAUUUCGUCACUGCUAUGCAAACCACCGUCUAUUGGAACAAAAAACGGUACGAAGACAAUGACCCGGCACUCAAACCAUCUUCCGGCCGAACAGGCCGCCCUGCCGAAGCCUUUUUCCGCCUGGCACAGGAACCCUCCGCAAGGUCGCUCAUCGCAUCGGAGGCGCAGGAUACUACGGUUGGUAGGCCUGUUAAGAAGCCAAGGAAGCCAAUGACCCGCGCUUUGGCUUCCCAGCUUCCUCCGCAUGCCGAGCCGAGAGAAGAUCCCACCCACGCCGAUGAGCCAGCGGAGGUCGACGAGGGUCUCUUGGGGUUUGAUGCUGGAGGCUUAACUAACCAACACGGCUGUCCGUCAAUGCCGCCUCCGCUGCCAGCAAACAACCUCUACCUCACUGAAGAUGAAAUUAAACGCCAUCUUUCGAACCUGCUUGCCUCGCUGGUCAACGCGCUGAAACUAACAAACAACAUCCUCAAGGUUGCCAAGAAUCAACGUCUUGUUCUUUCCCGAGUUUCGCCGGAUUGGAUGUGGGGUUUCAAGGAUUCGUGUGAACGGAUCCUCACACAUAUCACCUACAAGUGCCCCAAGGCGUCAAAACCGAGAUAUGUGAGCUUCCCCGGGAUUUCUGUGGUGCAGUGUUUACCGCGUGACGAAGUCGACAAACUUACUAGCCAGUUGCAAGAAGCGGGAGUCAAGUGGCUUAAGACGGCGGAGGGCCUUCUCACUCACAAGGAUCACAAGGACGACUGCUUGGCCAACUGUACGGUGGAGGAUCUCGAGCAGCUCAGAACGGAUGGCUGGGAAAUCCUUGGGAGUGUCGAGAACAUGUUGCCGCAGAAGGACUUAAGGAAGCAAAUCAGGUGA